AUGUCGAAAGAAGCAGUUGCGGAUAUUGGUCUUAUUGGCCUUGCUGUGAUGGGUCAGAACCUGAUUCUGAACAUGAACGACAAGGGCUUCACGGUCGCUGCGUACAACCGUACGACCAGCAAGGUGGAUGACUUCCUUGCCAAUGAGGCUAAGGGCACCAAGGUCGUGGGUGCCCACUCUGUGGAAGAGUUUGUAUCACUGCUCAAGCGUCCUCGCAAAAUUAUCCUGCUCGUCAAGGCCGGCGCAGCAGUCGAUGCAUUCAUUGAGCAGCUCCUGCCGCACCUCGAGAAAGGAGAUAUCAUUAUUGAUGGUGGUAACUCUCACUUCCCAGACACGGAGCGCCGAUGCAAGGAGAUCGAGGCAAAGGGCCUCCUGUACGUCGGCAGCGGUGUGUCGGGUGGCGAAGAAGGCGCGCGCCACGGACCGUCGCUCAUGCCUGGUGGUAGCGAGGAUGCGUGGACAUCGCUUAAGGAUAUUUUCCAAAAGACCGCAGCGCAGUCAGAUGGCGAGCCAUGCUGUGACUGGGUCGGCGGUGGCGGCGCCGGACACUAUGUCAAGAUGGUGCACAACGGCAUUGAGUACGGUGACAUGCAGUUGAUCUGCGAAGCAUACUGGAUCCUUAAGCAGGGUCUUGGCCUCCAUGAGAAGGAGAUCGCUGAGAUUUUCAAGAAGUGGAACAAGGGUGUACUGGACUCGUUCCUGAUCGAGAUUACUAGUGACAUUCUUGCCUACAAUGACGAAGAUGGCGAGCCCAUCGUCACCAAGGUACUUGACAGUGCUGGCCAGAAAGGCACGGGUAAGUGGACGGCUAUCAAUGCCCUGGAUCUUGGCCAGCCAGUCACGCUCAUUGGCGAGGCCGUGUUUGCUCGAUGCCUGAGCUCGCUCAAGGCUGAGCGUCAGCGUGCAUCCAAGAUUCUGUCGGGAACCAAGCCGCGUGCAUUUGAGGGCAACAAGGCACAGUUCAUCGAUGAUCUUGAGCAGGCGCUGUAUGCGUCCAAGAUCGUGUCGUACGCUCAGGGCUUUAUGUUGAUGCGUGAGGCUGCGAAGACAUACAACUGGAAGCUGAACAACCCAUCCAUCGCCCUCAUGUGGCGUGGCGGCUGCAUUAUUCGCUCUGUAUUUUUGAAGGACAUUACGAAUGCCUUCCGCAAGAACCCAGAUCUCGAGAACUUGCUGUUCGACGACUUCUUCGCGAAUGCCAUCAGCAAGGCCGAAGAUGGCUGGCGCCGCAUCAUUGCCCAGGCCGUACUGUGGGGUGUGUCCACGCCGGCCUUCUCGAGCGCUAUUGCCUUUUAUGACGGCAUGCGCUCCGAGACGCUGCCUGCCUCCUUGCUCCAGGCGCAGCGUGACUACUUUGGUGCGCACACGUUCCAUGUGAUGCCCGGCAAAGAGAAUGACCGCCUCAAGGCCGGCGAGGAUAUCCACAUCAACUGGACGGGCCGUGGUGGUAACGUGUCAGCUUCGACGUACCAGGCAUAA